GUAUACAAUUAUUUUUUUAACACUUUAAAAAGGGAUUGAAUUACUAUGGAUGACUAUGAAUCAGUUAUAUUAGUUAAAAAUAAUGUAAGCAUUUAUAAUAUUGCUCCGGUUUAUGGAAAGACGAAAUAUAAAGCUGCAGAUUGGAAACUUGAUAAUCCUGAUUGGACUGGGCGCUUAAAAUUGAUUUCUAUUCGCGAUAAAUGUUCUAUCAAAUUCGAGGAUGCAGAUGGCAAACUUUUUGCAGCAUGUCCUGUUGAUAAAUACCCUGGUAACUGUAUCGAAGGUGUAAGUGAUUCUAGUAGAUAUUUUGUGAUUAAGCUUCUAAGUGAAAAUGGUCGAUCAGCCUUUGUAGGAUUGGGCUUUUUAGAUAGAUCCGAUUCCUUUGAUCUAAAUGUAGCACUUCAAAGUCAUUUUAGAUGGCUUAAAGAUAGUAAAGAUAUAGAAAAAAAUAUGAACCAAAAUAAAAUGGAACCUUCUAUAGACAUGAGUCUAAAAGAUGGACAGACUAUAAAAUUAAAUUUUUUGCUGCCAAAAAAUAAAGAAAGUCCAAGCAAUAAUAAUUCUAAAUUAAAACCCACAUGUUUGGUUAAAGUGCCGAUUUCAACAUCUACAAAAUCAGAUUCCAAUAUAAACUCAGUGAUCAAUCAAAAAAAUUUGUUAAGGACCCAUGAAACAUCAACUAAUCAAGUAUUGAAUUCAAAUACAAGCUGGGAAACAUUUUAAAUUCCAAAAAAAAAAAAUAUUUACUAAAAAUGCUAACAAAGACAUAAUAUUUAUCAUAUGUAAUAUAUACCACUCAGUUUUUUUAUUGUAUUAUAUCAAAAAUAUAAUAUUUAAUAAAAUUAGUAAUGUUUAUAAAACAUUUAAAAUUAAAUUAUAUGAUUCAUCUAAUUAUUACAUAAAACUAAAUUAUAAUAUUAUUAAUUUUUUUAUGAUUAAUAUAUUUAUCUGCUAUACAAAUAAAUGAAUAUUAUUUUUUAAAGUUA